UCGCGAAUACCGACGCGACCGAUCGCGUGUCAUCCGCGACCCCACCCCGCGUCGUCGUCGCGAACCUAGCGCGCCGCGAACCCCCGCGCCCCGUCGCACACCCCGAGAUCUGAGCCGAACGAAGAAGCGAUGGCUGCGGCGAACGCGUCGUCCAUCGGGCUCCAGCACCCCGCGUUCUUCGUGGGACGCGCGGAGCUCCUCGACUGGGUCAACGGGCUGCUCAAUCUCAGGCUGACCAAGGUGGAGCAGGUGGCAUCCGGCGCGGUGCACUGCCAGAUCCUGGACGCGUGCCACCCGGGCGUCGUCAACAUGUCCAAGGUCAACGUCAACGCGAAAUCAGAGUACGAGAUGGUAGCCAACUACAAGGUGCUCCAGAGCGUGUUCGACAAGCUGAAGAUCACGCGCAACAUCGAGGUCAACAAGCUCAUCAAGGCCCGGCCCCUCGACAACCUCGAGUUCCUGCAGUGGAUGAAGUACUACUACGACUGCGCGACGGGAGGCAUGGGACCGCCGGAUGCCAACUACGACGGCGAAGAGCGGCGAGCGCACGCCAAGGGCGCGGGCUCCGCCGCCCCCGCCAAGAAGCCCGCGUCCUCGUCGAAGCAACAGCCGUCCACGUCCGCGUCCGCGGCGGCGAAGAAGCCCACCGCCACCGCGCGCGGCGUACCCACCGCGUCGUCGUCCAACGCGAAGGUUGCGACGCUUCAGAAGGAGAUCGAGUCGCUCAAACUCGCGGUGGAGCGCGCCGAGCAGGAGCGCGAGUUUUACUUUGAGAAGCUGCAGGAUGUCGAGUUUCUGUGCCAGCGGCCGGAGUUUGUGGGCCAGCACCUGACGUGCGUGGUGGAGAGGAUCCUGUACCACACCGAGGGAAAGCCCGACGUCGAGGCGAUCAUCGCGGAGUGCGCGACGGGGGCCGACGGGGCGGGAGACGCAGCCGUGGUUUCGCCCGAGGAGGCUGGCGUCGCGCCGGUCGCCGCGCCCCCCCAAGCCGUCGAGCCCACCGACGUGGAGACGCCCCCGGCGUACGUCGAGGAAACGGCCGCCGUGGAAGACGAACCGGCGGUGAAGGAGGAGGAGGAGGAGGAGGAGACGAUCGGGAAGCCCGACGUCGAGGAGGACGCGGUGACGGAGGAGAUCGACGGCGGGACGGGAGCCGCGCCGGAUCUGGACGUCACCGUCGAGGCUGACGAGCGAGCCGCCGCGGAUGAGGACGACGACGAGGAGUUCAACUCGGAGGAUGCGCCCGGGGACGUCACCAUGAACGACGUCGCGCCGUCGCCGGCGCCGGAGUGCGCGCCGCGACCCGACGCCGCGGCGGCCACCAGGGAACCCCUCGGCCCCGUACAAAACGUCAACGCUUGACGACGCGCGACCCGACGAGACAAAAACGUUGUACAUACAAACACGCGCCGAGAGGUACCUUUUCGCGCCGGCUACGUACGCUACGUACGCU